UAUAAGGCCCCGUGAUGGCCGUGCGGCCUCAGUUUGUCGACUGGUGCCUCGCGAAAGAGGUACUCACACCCGCACGUUCUCGUACCUCAAUAUAAUCCUUUUAUCUUAUCCUUUCUUCCCUUUCUUUUCUUUUUUUCGCGAAUACAUCGCGAUACAUGGCCACACUCGCGAAUUCAGUCCCGUUUUUACAGUGAAACUUUUGCACGCGUUUGUUUCGCACCAGGAGGAUUUCAUAACAAUUGAAGCACCCGAAGAAUAGCACAUAUUACUUUGAUUUUAGAUGGCGCAAUUAGUUCAAAUGAUUUAUGAUGGUUACCGAGAUCUGAUGGACAACAAAAGCGAUCCGAGAGUCAACGAUUGGCCGAUGAUGAGCGGCCCGUUCCCCACAUUAGUGAUCUGUUUGUUCUACGCCUAUUUCGUUAAAGUUUUGGGGCCAAAACUGAUGGAAAAUCGAAAACCUUUUAAUCUCAGAAGAGUGAUGAUAUGGUACAAUCUCUUUCAAGUAAUGUUCUCCAUAUGGUUGUUCCAUGAAAGCCUGAUCGCGGGCUGGGGAGGACGAUAUUCCUUCAGAUGUCAGCCAGUCGAUUAUUCAAACGACCCGAUUGCGCUGCGAAUGGCACAAGGUUGCUGGUGGUAUUACAUCUCAAAGUUCAUGGAGUUCACGGACACAAUUUUCUUUGUAUUGAGAAAAAAGGACGAUCACCUUACCACUCUCCAUGUCAUCCAUCACGGUUGCAUGCCCAUGUCAGUUUGGUUCGGAGUUAAAUUUACCCCUGGUGGUCACAGUACUUUUUUCGGUUUUCUGAAUACCUUUGUACACAUCGUAAUGUAUUCGUAUUAUCUCUUGGCGGCGCUCGGACCGCAGAUACAGCCAUACCUGUGGUGGAAGAAAUACUUAACCACUGUGCAAAUGAUCCAGUUUGUCCUUGUAAUGGUCCACGCAUUCCAAUUACUUUUCAUCGAUUGCAAUUACCCGAAGGCCUUCGUCUGGUGGAUAGGCAUGCACGCUAUAAUGUUCUAUUUCCUCUUCCGCGACUUCUAUAAUGAAGCGUACAAGAAGAAGAAUUCGAAAAACACUGUAGGCAAGCAAAAGAAUGAAAAGGAACAGAACGUAUCUAAAAAUAAAAGAGACAUCAAGGAAAACGACAGCGACAAGGGCGUGAUAUAUGCAAACCAGUAUAAAAUGGCCACUGGUUAUAUCUCGGACAGCGGCCUCAGAAAUCGCGUGUUCAUCGACAAUCGAGGCUUUGAUGAAUAAUAAGAGAAGCUUCUAAUUUAAAGAGACUUCAAUUAUACGUCGAGCGUACAUUCGAUUGCGAAUCAUCGUUAUUUAAAGCACUUCGCCACAUUGCACCACAGUCGCUGUCCUCAUGGCGAUCGAAUAAAAGCGGCAAAUAGACAGAGGAUGUUAAAAAAAAAAGAAAUGAAAAAUGAGAGAAAAAGCGCGUUGAAGGCCUACCGGAAUUUGUAAAAGUCUGGUCUUAGUGGCGUUCUUUCUGGGUGCUUUGCGGCGAAAUUUUUUUACGUGUAAAGAUUUUCUCGCGCUUUUUAUGUAUAUUAUAUGUAUAAACGGGUAUACGUAUGCGAAUGUGUGUUUACUAAUUUGUGUGCGGCUAAUUUGUCGAGAAGCGAAAACAGACUGGAUAAAGCGUUGAAAUUGCCAAAAUGAUAAAAAAUGUGUUACUCUUCCCAGUUAGGAUAUCGAAACGAAACUCAUUCUCCGACAAAUUGCCUUUUCCGGAAAGAGGAGCCCUUUAAAGGAAUGAUUUUUAUAUUUGUAUAGACCCCUCAAGAAUUAUAAUUCCGCAUUUUGCUCAUGUCUCCCUCUUUCAAAAAUAGAAUAGUAACGAAUUCUUGCCGCGUUUCAUAUCAAGAGGAUAAAGAAGAAAAUACAAUAUUUAUUUUAUAGAAACAAAAUAUUUAAUAAGAAAUUAUUAUUA